GCCUGUUCGCAUGUGUGUCAUUAAUUAUUUGCUACUUUUUGCGUGUGUCGAAAUUGCAACACUACUACUGCUACUUUUAUGUACAUAUCUGUGAAUUUCCAAGCAUCCGCCGCUAUUCAAAUGUCAAACGCGAAUUUCCUUGUUGGCGUGCAGAAGUGCGAAAUUUCAGCUAUUGGACUGCAGUGAAAUUUUAAUUGUUUAAUUUAUUGUGAAAUACGGCUGAAAUUGAAGUUGUUUGUUCAUAAGUAAAGAGUAGACAUUGCAAGCUGUUGAAAUUAAGUGAAAAAGUUGUGCGGGCCGCGUUAUUUAUAUGCGUAAUAUGCAAAUGAAAGAACAUGUAAGGGGCACGCGAGCGCCGUUGGAAGGUGACGUGAAGCAAGUAAUAAAGACGCAAUGAAUUCAAUAUACAAUUAUUAAAUAUUAAGACAAUUUAAAUGUUUUCUAUGUUAAUGAAAUGUUAAAGAUUUGUUCUAUGGAAAAGUAGUGCGGGCCGCGUUAUUUACAUAUAUGCGUAAUAUGCAAAUGAAAGAACAUGUGAAGGGCACGCGAGCGCUGUUGGAAGGUGACGCGAAGCAAAUAAUAAAGACGCAAUGAAUUCGAUAUACAAUUAUUAAAUAUUAAAACAAGUUAAAUGUGUUCUUUAUAAGUGAAAAGUAGAAGUUUAAUUCGAUUGAAAUAUAGUGAACUAGUUGUGCGGACUAUGUUAUUUUGCGAAAUAUGCAUAUGAAAGAAUAUGUGAAAGACAGGUCAGCGCCGUUGGAAGGUGUUAUGAAUCCAAUAAUGCAAAUGCAGUGAAUUAAACAAUGAAUUAAUACAAGUCAAAUGUUUUGUUUAUAAAUGCAAAGUUUAUGAUUUAUUCUAUUGAAAUGCAGUGAAAAAGUACUACGGGCUAUGCUAUUUAAAUGUUAAAUAUGCUUUUGAAAAUACGCAAAGUAGCUGCUGGAAAGUGCAGUGAGACUGAAAAUGAAGGUGCAGUGCAUCAAAUAAAAAGCUAUUAAAUAAUGCCAAAAGUGAAACAUUUUAUUUAUAAAUAAAUAGAACAAGUGGAUUUUAAUAGAAAUUAAGAGAAAGUUCAAGGCGGUCUUUGCUUUUGAAGUGCUAAUUAUGCAAAUGAAAAAUAUGAUAUAUAAUGACAGUUAAAGGUUAUUAAAAGGCGAAUCCAAUAAGAAAUUACCAAAAGUGAAACGUUGUGUUUAAAAAUUCAUAGUGGAAAUUGUAUUCUAUAUAUGUAAAUAAGAUAAAAAUAUAUGUAUAUAUAUCAGUCUAUAUAAUUAUUAAAUGUGUAAGUGAAAAAAUGGGUAGUAAAAUGUAGCUGCGUUAGAAUGCGCAGUGUUUCAAAUAAUAAGUUAUAAAAUAUUAUGAAAAGGGAAAGGUUUUUGUGUUAAAAUAAAGUGAAUGCAAGUGUUUAAGCGCCAAGUAAAAUUAUAAAAAAAUCAAGUGAGUUAUUGAAAGGCGCAGUGAAGCAUUUUAAUUAUUAAAAUCUACCCAAAGUGAAGUGUUUUGUUUAAAAUAGCAUAGUAUGUUAUGGCUAUAUAUAAAUGCAAAGUGUAUGCGAAAAGAGCCCAAGGGCCAAUGUGCUAUAUUGAAAAGUGCAGUGAAUAGAGUAAAUUAUUCAAAUUUACCAAAGGUAAAGUGUUUUGUGAAUAAAUGCAUAGCAGAAGUUGCAUUCAGUUGAAAUUAAGUGGAAACUUUUUUAAGUGCUACAUAUGCAAAGGAAGAAUAUGAGCACGCAAAUCAAUUCCAUUAGCUUCUUCAAUCUUAAUGAGGAUAAUGAUGCUUCUACAACACCAACUAAACGAAGAGUCAAGGAUUUCAAUGAGAAAAUUACGUAUUUGUAUAAAAUACGCUAAUAUUUUUGGAGCAACAGAGUUUGAAACACUAUACAAUUUAUUAACACAAAAGAACAAGGAUAAAAAAGGUUUAAAAACAGUCAACGGAUAAUUGAAAACAAAUAUUUUUUCUGAUAACGUAAUUUCAGCGACUUUAAGACUAAUGAAUCAUUAGUUUUCUGGAUUCUAAACAAAAAGUAUCCGCCUUUGUGACGGCAUCAAUCACGGCCCUUCAAACAAUAAGGAUCUAAACACUACAAAAAAUUCCCAGCUACACAAUGUCGACCAAACCAGCAACAAUAACAUUGGGCAUAAGCGCCCGCAUUGGUGGGAAAAACAAUACCAGCAACAACCAUAGCAACACUGCCUCAUUCACCGCACGCCCCGCGCAUAUCACACAAGCAUCGCCCACCGUGGCGAAACGCGGACACAUCCGGUCCGCAUCGCUGGAGAAUGGCAAUUCCUUCACAGCCAAGAACACACUCGGUUUGCCGGUGGCAACAGCACGCGAACAACAACAACAGCAGCAGCCGACGAUAAUGAGUCAUACCGGCACGCUGAAGUCGCGCAACGAGCAAAAGCGCAUGCGCGGACAGAAAUUCGGCAGUCACAGCAGUUUGGACCAGGAUGCGUUGCCCAGUGCUGGGCGGACCAAAUUUCAGAAUAUACGCCAAAUAUUUGAAAUAACCAAAAAGCGAACCUUUGGUGGUGGCAGCAGCAGCAGCGGUGGAAGUAGUGGCGGCGCGACUGCGGCAGCCGGAGAGGCAGAUAAAAUGACUGCCAGUACCAACAGUGUCAACAGCUAUAAAGCGCAGGCACACAGUGGAACUGAAAGCAUUGAGAAUCAGCGUUUGCACGCACAACCGCCUGCUACAACAACAGCUACAACACAUGGCGUCAUACCCAGCGCCGCACCGCCUGCCCUCAUGUCAACAUCCAUGCCGAGUCUACAGCUGCGCCAACAGACACAAGCCGCCUCCGCCUCCUAUCAGCCACACCAGCAGUUGGUGCGUAAACCCACGCCAACACUGACGAUGAUGGGCGCCAACGGAAGCGGAAAUCGCAGUAGUUACUCGGAAAUGAGCGAACGGCUGAGCAUAACGGAGAGUGUCGGCGGUGGCAGCAGUAGCUGUAUGUCUGGCAAUUUCGUUAAUAUGACUGGGAAUGCAUUGGAUGCGAAACAGAAACUGCGUUUGCAACAACAAUUACAACAACAGCAACAGUUGGUACAACAACAACAGCAGCAGCUGCAGCAGCAACAGCACCUGCAGGCGCAGCGGCAACACUCACAGCCAGCAAUGGGUCAGUUGGCGCACCUACAUCAACAUCAGCAACAACAGCAACAACAUAUGCAGCAGCAAUUGCAACAACAACAAUUGUUGGCACAACAACGCAGUUCCGGCGGCAUAUCACACCAGCAACACAGUUCCAUAGCAGCAACAACAACAAUGAACGGCAGUGUCAGCGCUGGAGAAACCGGCGUCGAGCAGCAGUCAAAGCAGUCAAAGCCUUCAACAGCGCUUGCAACAACAACAACAACAGCUGCAACAGGCACAACGUCAGCAACAACAGCAGCAACAGCAGCGCCUGCAAUGUCUGUGAUGACGUCGUAUGAGAAUCUUUUGCGUCCCAUCGCCUUCAAGCCAAUCCCCUUCGAGCCGGACUACAGUUUGCAGAACGCUCGUUAUAUUGCCGGCGAUGUGAAUGCAGUGACGACAACCACAUCCACGGCGUCGUCGACAAAUGUGCAGACAUCGGUUGUGGGCGAUCGUUAUGGCUCAACGCCAUCACUUGCAGCCGCUCAGGGUUCGAACCAAAUGCGUUUUGGCAGCACCUCUGAUUUGCGGCAUGGCAGCGCCGGCGGUGUUGGCGGUGGUGUUAUUGGUGGCAUUAAUGGAGUCGGUGCUGGCGGUGGCGGUGGUGCGCUCGGAGGCAUCGCCGUUGGCGCUUAUUCAAGCAAUAAUUAUUGCAACAGUCUUAUGGCGCGGCGUCGUGGUUCCAGAUCGUUGAAAAUCAACGAUAGCAUGGAAUCGAUUCGGCACACACCGGAUUCGGAUGCGAAUAGUCAAAGUAGCACAAUCAAAUCGACUGGCAGCAGCGCACACCACAAUAACAACAACAGCGGCAGUAAUAGCAAUGGCCUGCCAAGCGCUAUGCACAACGGCACAACCGGCUUCGGUUUCAUUGGCGUGGGCAGCACAGCCGGCAGUGGCAGCGGCGCAUCGACUGGCAGUAACGGUUGUGGUGGCAGCGCCAGCAAUGGCUGUGGCAAGUAUCUGCUGAGCGAGCAGUGCGAUAUGACACCUUCGCCAUCCGACUCGGGCAUAUCGGACUUGGAAGCGGCGCUUAAGGAUCGCGAUUCGGAACUCUCCUAUCUACGCCAAGCAAUGGAGCACAAUGAGAAAGUAAUAUUCCGUGUACAAAAGGACAAAGAGAACUUCUGGGAGCAAGAGACAAAGCGCUUGAAGACAUUCUAUGAAGCUCAGCAACGUGAAUAUCUAUUGAAAAUGAAGAAAAUGGAGCAAAUGCUGGCCAUGCAACAAUUCCAAUUCAAACAGCACAAGCUGCGGCAUACCGAACAAUCGAAUAAGCUGCGUGAGCAGGUGGCCGAUUUGAAGAAUGAAAACGAAAUUCUGCGAAGUACCAAUGGCAGCUUGAAGAACUCCGAGCGUAAUCUCAAGGACAGCGUUGCCUACAUUGAAGAACAAUUGCGCGAGUCGGAGAAUACAAUCGCCAGCAUAAAAGCGGAGUUAGAGGAAAGCGAAUGGAAAGUGUGCGAACGCAAUGGCGAGCUGGCGCUGCUCAAAUCGCAGCUCAAGGAGGCGAAUGUUGAAAUCACGCUCAAGGAACACGCCAUUGUCCACCUACGGCACGAGAACACCAACGCCGAAACGCAAAUCUACGAGAGUCUACAGGAGAACCAGAAAAUGACGAAGCAAAAGAAGCAAGUCGAACAGCAGCAGGCGCGCACCGACAAACAAGCCGAAAGCGAACUGAAACAACUCAAUAAAAUCAUCAUACUCAAGGAUCAGGUGAUACUCGCACUCACCAACGAGCUGGCCAAGCUGCGCAAAGAGCUCUCCGAUUUGGCGAUCUUUCAAGAGUACGGCGAAGAGCCCUCCGGACGCUUCAUACGCCUCAAACAGCAGUUGGACAAUCUCACCGACAUUUGCAAUCGCACGCGCCGGCAAGCACACAAACCAGAAAUAACGGCGGUGAACAGCGCCAAAGAGAAGGUGAUCGACGACACCAAUCUGGAAUUGAUCAUGAAUUGCCUGAAGAUCGCGCCGCCACUAGACGACACCGAUGAAAGUGAAAAUGAACGCGAACGCGCGCAAAACAAGCAACGCGCCGAGAAGCGGCUGGCCAAAAUGUCCGCUGACAUACAGAAUUUCGUCUACGGCGCACAAAACCUACCCGACAUCGCGAUGAAUCACCAGCCGCCGCAUAAGCCGCUCAAAUACACGCACUCCAAUCCACACAAGCUGGAGGAAUCCACGCUCGAUACGCUCAUCGAAGAGUCGGCGAGCUAUGCGGAGGAGAUCGCCAAGCUGCGCAAACAGCUCGAUGAUGUGCGCGUCAAUUUCGAGCUGGAGAAGCGGCAGUGGUGCGAAGAGCGCGAGAAGGUGCUGAACUACCAAAAACAAUUGCAAGCGCACUACAUCAAUAUGUAUCAGAAGCUGCGCAGCUUGGAGAGCGGCAAUGAGGUUUAAAAGCCAACCAGCCAGCGAGCCAGCAUAUUUAUCGUAGCAACGUAGUUAAUUUGUUAAUUCACAGUCACACAGUGAAUACAUAUAAAUAGUUUAAUUAUUUUAUUGUUAUUGUAAUUUUAAAAUGCUAUCUGCACACACUAAUAAUAUUCCACACACACAUGUAUUUUUAUUAAACAUUUAUCAUAUUUAAUGAAACCAUAUUUAUUACAAAUGUUAUGCACUUAAAGAGAAGAAAUAACACACAAAUACAAUGUACUAUAAUUUAUAAACAUUUUAUAUAUAUAUGUGCAUAUAAAUAAUAUUUAAGCGCACUCAAUUUCAUAA